AUGUUUCUUCCCAGAUUCAUUUCUGAUCAAGAUAUUAAUGAGAAAAAUGUCUUGACAUCUCUUUUUUGUCCUAUCAAGGCGGCUACGGAUCACCUCCAAGAGGAAAUACUUAUGGGCAUCCUCAGCAGGUUACCUAUGUGGUCUCUUUUUCGAUUCAAAUGCGUUUCAAGUAUUUGGAAAACAUUGAUUUCUGACUCUUACUUUACGGUGAAGCAUCUCAAUCGUACCAAGAAUGACCAAGGUUCCCAAAAACUUCUGAUCACCCAAAUGUGCUUUAGGGAGGAGAUAUUUCCCAUGUAUUGUUGUCCUUUGUCACCGGCUCAACUGGUUGAUGAAAAUGUGCAAAAACUCAAACUUGAUUGCCCUUCGAACCCUAAACUAACUGUGCGUUGCAAAAUCCUUUGCUUAUACGAUGGUUUAGCUGUUAUCAGGGUUACUGAUACGUUUGAUCAUGACCUCUCCACUGUUUUACUGUGGAACCCCUCCACAAGAGAAUCAAUGGUACUCCCCCCUACAGAAUUUUCAGAUCAGCCGAGAGAAUAUUAUUUUGGAUUGGGUUAUGACUCAACCAGUGGUGAGUAUAAGAUCCUUCGUAUCUACCAGGACUUUAAUCCCUUUUGCCGUCAUCGUGUGAAAUUACCUAAUGAAAUUCUCACUUUGACAAGUGGCUACUGCUGGAGAAGAAUUGUUGAAUAUCCUCGUCAUGGCAUUUGUAGCUUGGUGUGGGCUAUGAAUUUUUUGGCAUUCAUACAUGCUACAUUUCAUUGGAUCGAUAUUUCAAGCAAUCAUUUUGUGGUGGUUUCAUUUAGUAUUUCAAAUGAAGUGUACGGAGAGAUGCCCCUGUCGGAGGAAAUAUUAAGCUUAUUGAUGCCAGGCCACUGCUCUAUUGGCGUUUGUGUGUUGGGAGGAAUGCUUUAUGUUCAUUCUUCUAUUUCUGUUCUGCAUGAUAAGACGAUGUUUUUUAAGUUCUGGGUUAUGAAAGCGUAUAGUGUGGAGGAAUCUUGGAUGCCAUUGCUAACAGUAGAUAGUUCUUGUUUUGUUGAUGUCAAACUGAAAUAUAUGUUUCCUCAUGGUGAAGUGCUAUACUUGUUUAGGGCUUUGGAACUUAGUGGGAGCGCAUUUUGGACGCGUAAUGUAGGACCAUUUAGAUUAUGGCCUCAAUGUGAUAACACUGGGAGCGUAUAUGCUUAUACAGAAAGUUUGAUUUCUCCGAAAUCACUAACUUAUUAG